CGAAGGAGAACGGGAAGGCCCACACCUUCUAUCGAUCGACCGAGGACACGAAGCAGAGGCGUCGACUGCGUCGAAACUAGGACUAGAACUACAUCCAGCCGGUAAGGGUGUAACGAUGCAGGUAAACCUUGGAGGUGGGGAAACACAUGAUGAUGAUCCAGAUCCUGUAGUUCUUCAUGGUCAGACCCACGACACACAAAAUCAAAAACAUCUUCUUCAACAAGAAGCGAACAAGGCAAAGAGAACACGUGAAGACUUGCGGCUACACGUGGUUACGUCACCCUCGUCUAGAAGUGUCCCAAAAGCAGCAGCUUUAGCGAAAAGCCGACGUGGUGAAGAGGACAUGACCAGGUCGAAAGCUCGGAAGAACGCGAAGUCCAUCAUCAACGAAGGCUCGUCCGCUUCUGAGCGAACCUCAAAAGCACUGAAGAUGAGUGUUAGUGGUUCUGCUUCCACUGGGGCCCGAAGAACGCUUACCUUUGAUGCGAAGAUCAUGCCAAAUCAUGCGAGUCGUGGUCAAGUAGACACAUCUUCUUCUUCUUCAGUGAAAACAGUCAAUGGCUACGAAGUUCGGAGUGUACAUUCGAAGAGACAGGCACAAGACGAAGACGAGAGGAGACGGGUUGCAUCGAAAACAACUACGGGUGAAGAUCAAGAAGUACCUCCACCUGUAGUAUCACAUCUGAAUAAACAAGUCGCUGCAGCUCAACAAGAAGGCUACUUCAACAAAGCGGAAAAAAAUUUUCCUCGAGAUUGGUGGAAGAAAAAGAAAACAGCUUCUUCUAGUGGCCAAAAGAAAGCACCAAGACCGAAGGUGAGGCAAAUCCUUCAGCGUAGAGGACAAGUUCAAGUAACGACCACGAAAAAUAAGAGUCCUCACAAAGCUGCUGGGAACAAGAGCCACAAAGCUGCUCGUAAACUUCAGUUUGGUGUGGGAAGAGGACACGUAGUAGAAGACGAGAGUAAUUCCAAGCUCAAGAACAUUGAGCAACAAGAGGGUGCCCUUGGAGAGGAUGUUGACUAUGAUGAGGGCUUGGAUGCUGAAGAAGAAGAAGAGGAUGAGCUAAAUGAGCAGGUGAAUAAUGCUUGGCGUCAAUUGCAUAUAUCUUCUGGUACUUCUGAACAAGAGGAGGACAUACAAGUACUUCAACGAGGUAAAAGUAGUUCUACGGCUCACGCUCAUCAAGCGUACCCUGAAGACGAGGAUGAGGACAUAGAUGAGACGAAGAAUGCUUGGCAUGAUAACUUGGGAGACGAUGGAAGACCAAAGUCCUCGUCUAGUCGUACUCCUGAAGUAGAGCAAGAGGGAAUGCAAGUACUUCAACGUCAGCAUUCUGGUAGUGCGGCUGCGAUGAAAGACGAUGAUGAGGACAAUUUCUCCAUCAAGAGAGCCGACGUUGACGGCGAUCAGUAUACUGGAAAUACACCAGUAGUUGGGCCAGCGAUGGGGUCAUUUGGGAGUGGCACAGGUGCUGCCGGAGGUGGAGGUGGAGCUGCUAGUGCGGGAUCUGGUGGAGCAGUAGGUGUUAUGAGUCAUAUAUUGUUGGAAGGGCUAAGUCUCUAGAGGUAAAAACUAACCUCCGACUGCUUUACUUUAGUGCUUUGAGCGCCGCUGGACCUAAAGCUAAACCCCAACCUUAUGAAAAGAAAGACUGAAUUGGUGACGCAUUUUGUGUCCUCAUAUUUAUGCCUUCAUCUUUUCGCAUUCACAGGCAUUCCCAUGCACAUUCUGACUCUUUUUCUCUUUCUACUCACGAACGACGUCUUCUAAUUCUCGCUCUUCCGACGGCAGUGGAGGCAACGCUUCUGACGGCAGUGGAGGCAACGAUACCCAAGCGACUGGCAAUGGUGCCUACCCUGCUUGGAUGGUGCCGUUUAUGACAGUGAGCAAUAGAACCGCCCAACCUUCUGGGAUUUCCUAUCUGGAUGGUACUUUUGACUUGUAUCGAUCUUCAUCUUCGUUAAUAUUACCCUGCUCAGUGUCUUGUCGUUGUCUACCACUUUCAGAACAAUAAUGAAAAGUCAAACCAAAGCCAAACUCGUUCCAGCACUAGUACUUGCAGUUCUACUACCAUCAAAAAAUCCUCAGGUUACCUCUUCGUCGCGAUCAAGUCUCCUUUGAACAACUCCUACAUUUACGUGUACGCUCCUGAAGUCGACAGGCGCUUCGAGGCUGCUAUAGCCUUUAUAGAAACCAGAAAACCCGAAUUCAUGGCUUUCCCUGAGUCUGGGUUGCUCAUGGGUAAGCCGCCGUUGCGGAAGGUCAACGGCGCUGAAGAUGCCACCUCCAUUGACGAAAAAGUCUGGCGAUUUCUAUUUCAACCGCCAGAAGCGCCAGGGAAAGUAGAGGAGAAGGAAGAGGAGGAAGUUGUUUAUGGAGAAGAUGCCGAGGAGGAAGUUGUUUAUGGAGAAGGAAUAUGAUGCCGAGGAGGAAGUUGUUUAUGUCGCUAACAUUUUUUUUUUCCACGUGUUGUUCCCCGAAAAAUCGGAAUCUUCAUGACAUCGUUAUUUCAUCAGAUUUUUAUUGCUAUUUCCUACAAACAACAGCCACAAGGCUGCAUGAUCACUAGCGAAGCUGAAACCACAACUAAAGUGCAUCUCUAACUACCAUAUAUGUACCAGGGAGGGAGGCCCCCCAUAUAUCAUUUAAUUCCAUAUCUUUCCCUCCACCCACCAGGACCUCCUUCAUUUCCCCGAAGAAGAAGAACAAAUUCUGCCAGAAGGCCCAGCCGCCACCUUUGAAGACCCGAAAGGCAUGGGCUUCCCUGAUUUGGAAUUCAACAUUUCCGAUCACUCGGCUCAGGUGCAGAAGUUGACCGAAGAGAUCACGGAUAGAGCUAGGUAUAGGACGGACAUUGAGUACAACGAGUCCAAGAACAAUGGUUAUGUUGGGUGUAAGGAAUUCGUCGCCAAGAAAGUCAUCUGGUUGUACUAGAAGGAAACUCUAGUAAAUUGAUUUGCAUAUCAUGGAUACAACUAACUUUGAGUACAAGAAGGAAAGGGGACCCAGAUGAUCCCUGGGAUGAAUUCCCUAUAGUAUUUACCUCUAAAAAUGUGGAAGCAACGGCACGACAUCAAAAGAUGAAUCCACUACAGGAGCACCUGCGGCACAUCUUGCUUUCUUGUUGGCGAAGCGGAAGAAGUGGAGGGAAGAAAGGAUGUUGAGGGGGAUGAAUGAGGCAGUCUUGUUGCGAACUGGUGCUUCAUCUGCUAGUAGCAGAAGCAUCGAAGCAUUAAGGGUAGGUUAAAGGUGCUUUUCUUACCGCUUUUUAUGCCUCUCCUAAGGGGGAAAGGCAUAACAAGCGGGGUAAGCGAGCACCAAAAACCUACCUCUAAAAGCAGAUAUGGAGGAGGAUGAAGAUGAACAAGAUGAACCACUCGCAGCAACUAGUAGUGUCGGCAUCAACGGCGCAAGCACUCCACUCGAGCAACAAACCUACAACAUGCAACACCAGAUGGUCCAAGAACAAUUGCAGGACAUCGAACGAAUCAACGAUCAUCUUUCGAGGACUAGCACUUUCACUACGCCUUUCUUAGAGGAGAAUCUAGACUCAAUCGCCUCUCAACCUCUCGAAGAUCAGGAAAAACUGGUGUUCAAUUUGGUUAUGCCUUCCACCCAGGUUCAGGACCUCCAUCAUCAAGGACUUGGACAUGAGCGUCAUGAGCGACCUGGUACAACUAGUAGAAGUAGGACAUCAUUGCUAGAUGAGAACACGGAAGAAGCGUCGCAUUGGAGUGGCGGUCAACAUACAAUGCCGAGAAGAACUAAAAGCUUCUCGUGGUACCCAUCUGCAUCUUCGAAGAAAGCUACGCACAUAGCGGAGGCAGAUACUAGUGACAACAUUUUAUCCUUUCUCGAAAGGGAAAAAUCCACUUCUUCCCGUAGAAGAAAGUCCACUUCCACUAGGAGUACAACUAGAACUCGCGGUCCAAACACUGGGUUCCGCCGAGACCCCAUCGGGGUGUUCAAACUGACGGAGCCUGUUUCUGGAAUAGCAGCUACGCGGAAAGGACUCAAGACGUUUGCAAUUUAUGCGGUUUCGGGUUUCAACUUGCUGAGAUUCGACAUCGACUUGAGGAAACCGCUGGAGGUGUCCUGUCCCGUGGAUCCUGAGGUGGAGGAGGAAGAAGAAGAGGACAUCUUCUAAGAAGAAGAAGAGGACAUCUUCUAAGAAGGAUGAUAGGAUAUUAUCACAUCACUAAAAACAUCUAAAGAGAACUCAGUAGAACAGUAGCACAGAUUUCGAUUUCGAAUAUAUGAACACAUAAAACCUUAUAACCUCAAAAUGCAAGUAUUCGUAAUCGGAAGCGUAGCAAAAGCAGUUUAUGUUUCGUAUUUCACUCUUAUUCUUAUUGCCAUUGAAGAACAGAUUUCAGAUAAUGAUUUGUAUCAACUUCCAGCCGCAGCAAGUUUUUCGGAGAAAUUAGCUUGUGUUGAUCAAAACCGUUUGAGAAUACAUUUUUCAUAUCGCUAAUAGAAGUAAUACGAAUACCAUCAAUCAUAUCCCUCUCUGUACAGCUAUCAUGCGUCUUUUUGUCAUUCGUACAUGCAGCAUGUGUAAAAUUAAAAAUCAAAAUCUGCUGUCAUACAUAAUACUAACAGAUACUCAACACGUUAUCACCGUACUAGUGAUCGUCCCCUUUCCAGUUUGAUGCAUAGAGCUCAACACGGAUGCAGCAUUUUUCAUUUCCACUUUUGAUUUUCUAUAAAAGCCCUCGGUCAAGACCUCAUUUCCUAUCCUACGCAGAGCAGAUCAGAGCGGACAAGAUUCUCAAGCGCAAUCACGUCUAACCCGCUGUCCAAAUCUUCAGUAUUUACCUCCAAUUCUUCAAUAGCUGCAAUUUACCAUGAUUUUUAAGUCAGUUUUUUUCAAUGCCUAUCGCUAUCUUACACUAUCAAUCAGUCUUUUUCUCAAAACGAACUAUCGCCACUUGUAGUUCCUAAUGCAAAAAACGCACGAGCUCGAAAGAUAAUGACAAUGCAAGCUUAGUGAAUCUUCAAGGUUCUGAAAAUAGCAUUUUACACAAGAG